AGAGCCGGGGAGCGGCACCGGCCCUGUCCGGGGCACCGGGCCCGACCCGCCCGGGGCUCGGCCCGCCCGGCGCGGGCGGCGCGCGGCGAUGACGUCAAAGGGGCGCGGUGGUUGAUGACGUCACAAGGAGUGCGGAACGGGCGGGGGAGCCCCCUCAGCCGCCGUGUGACGUCACGGGAGCGGUCGCACUGUGGUGACGUCACGGCGGGAUGGGGCCUGUCCAUGAUGGCAGAACGGAAGCUCCUCGUUCUCUUUGGCAGCCAGACGGGGACGGCCCAAGACAUGGCCGAGAGGAUCGGGAGAGAGGCCGCGCGCCGGCACCUGCGGUGCAGGGUGGAGGCCCUGGACAGCUGUGACCUGGCCAACCUCAUCCAUGAGCCACUGGUGGUGUUUGUGUGUGCAACCACUGGCCAGGGAGACCCACCUGAUAACAUGAAGAUGUUCUGGCGGUUUCUGUUCCGGAAGAACCUGCCGCCCGGGUCCCUGUGCCAGCUGGACUACGCCGUGCUGGGCCUUGGCGACUCAUCCUACCCCAAGUUUAAUUUUGUUGCAAAGAAGCUGCACAAACGGGUGCUACAGCUUGGGGGCAACCCGCUGCUGCCAGUGGCCUUGGGAGAUGACCAGCAUGAUCUGGGGCCGGAUGCAGUGGUUGAUCCAUGGCUUGUGGCCUUAUGGGACAAGAUCCUCACUUUGUAUCCUCUCCCUCCUGGCCUUGAGAUCAUCAGCCUAGACACAUGCCUGCCCCCAAAAUACACCCUGCACUACCUGCCUGAGGACUCCCCACCCCCCGAGGGUGCCCUUCUCCAGCCGACAGCACUCAGGGCUGUUCCCUCCGAGCUCCGUCCCUUCGCUGCCCCCGUGGUGUCCAACCAGCGGGUCACGGCACAGUCCCACUUCCAGGACGUCCGGCUCAUCGAGUUCGACAUCACGGGCUCGGCGAUCACGUUCAGUGCAGGGGACGUGGUGAUGAUCCAGCCCCAGAACUGCCCCGAGGACGUGCAGCAGUUUUGCCAGCUCCUGCGCCUGGACCCAGACAGACACUUUGUGCUGAAGCCCACGGAGCCUGGCACAUCCCUCCCUCCCCUCUUGCCACAGCCCUGCACCAUCCGGCACCUGGUCACCCACUACCUGGACAUCUCCUGCGUGCCACGGCGCUCCUUCUUCGAGCUCCUCUCCUACUUCUCCACCAACGAGCUGGAGCGGGAGAAGCUGCAGGAGUUCAGCUCUGCUCAGGGCCAGGAGGAGCUGUACAGCUACUGCAACCGGCCCCGCAGGACCACGCUGGAGGCCCUGUGGGAUUUCCCUCACACCACGUGUGCCAUUCCAGCUGAUUACCUGCUGGACCUCAUCCCUCGCAUCAGACCCCGUGCCUUCUCCAUCGCCUCCUCCCUGCUGGCUCACCCUGACAGGAUCCAGAUCCUCAUGGCAGUGGUGCAGUACAAGACACGGCUCAGCAAACCCCGCCGUGGGCUCUGCUCUACCUGGCUGGCUUCUCUCAAUCCAGAGCAAGGUGAUGUCCGGGUGCCUCUUUGGGUGAAGAAAGGAGGAAUGAAGUUCCCAGCUGACCCUGCCACCCCCGUGAUCAUGAUUGGCCCUGGCACAGGGGUGGCACCUUUCCGAGCAGCGAUACAGGAGCGGGUGGCACAGGGACGUAGAGGGAACUGCCUCUUCUUUGGCUGUCGACAGAAAUCCAAGGACUUCUACUGCCAGGCAGAGUGGGAAGAGCUGGUGGCAAAGGGCUUCCUGACACUCUUCACAGCCUUCUCCAGGGACCAGGAGGAGAAGGUUUAUGUUCAGCACCGCAUCCAGGAGAACCGGAGGCUGGUGUGGGAGCUGCUGAGCACUGGGAAUGCUCAUGUCUACCUGGCUGGGGGCUCGUGUCUUCUCUAUUUCUCUUAUUUUGAAGUUUGAACUGGCUUCAGUUCCAAAUGUCACCAUCAAACCAAUCAUCUUGGAUUUCCUGAGAGCUGGCAGCAGCAGGACGGGAGCGGCUGCUCCUUCCCAGCAGUCUCUUACCCAGCUCAGGAUCAGACAUGUUUGACUUUGAGUGAUUCCUGAGAUGAAAGGACAGUUUCCUGCCCUCCUGCCAAUAAAUUCCAACUCUAUGCAUAUUCCUUGUGUCCCUCUAAUGAGGAUGCUGGCAAAUGGAGCCAUGUGGGGCUGCAGUUCAGGCUGCCGAGCUGUGAUGCUCCUUCCCCGAGGUCUGGGUACUGCAAAUGCCUGCACUGGGAAACCCUGUGGAUAAUGGGGCUGCUCUCGAGGGAGGGGUAGGAUGACAAGCCUGUCAUUUAUCCCGUGCCAGGCAGCCCAUGUGGCAGGGUGAGACAGAUUCUCACUGCCCUGCUGCCCCCUGGUCCCAGAGCACUGGGGUGCUGCCCCUGGUUUUCCUUUCUCGCUGCAUUGUGCCCCUGCUCUGUC